AUCAUCUCAACAUAUUCUUCCAGCACAAUGGAACAACGCAAGCAUAUUCCAAGAUCCUUCCUCCCUUUGGUCUCAACGACUCUCAACGUUGGCCUUGCUCUUGGCGGUUAUGUCACCACAACCGCGUUCAGCGACCCAAACUACAGCGGCCCAGCCAUCGCAGCCUGGUUCAAAGACUUUUUCAUGCCAGGCUUCAUCUCUGUGACGACAAUUGGUGCGCUCACUUUCGGAGGUGGUAUCUGGUCAUUCUGGUCCCAUCGAAGUCGUAAGGAUCAGCCAAGAUCUAAGGCUGUUUCCUGGUGGUCGUUGGCUGGCCUUGGGUUCACUGUUGUUCAUUUCACCUUUGGAAAUCAGGUUCUUUCAAUCAUGGAUAGCAUCUUGUCCAACCCCGAUCAGGCGCAACCUCACAUGGCCCGAUGGAUUAGCCUGCACAUUACGAGGACUUUGGUUGCAGACGUUCCUGCGUGGUUUUGCUAUAUUGCCGCAUUGUUGUAUGAGAUUUAG